AUGACAUUUACCAAUAACAGCGGCGCUGUCAUCCGCCUCCCAAUCCCUGGUGCCAUCAUGUUUCCCGAAGAAAAAGUCCGGAACGAGGUCUCAACCCUGCGAUUCAUCCGGGAGAGUGAUACAUCGGCCUCUGUCCUAUUCCAUGGACGAAAUCAGGCCGCAAUCCGGACGGGUCGGCUGCUGGAGAAUCAGCGGAUUUCUGGCCGCCUGCGAGACAGUUGGGAGAGCGGAGACUUUUGGAUCAUGUACGCUGCGCGGAAUAAUUUCGCCUUCGACGCGAGAUACCGGCAGAAGAGUGACGAACGGGUUUUUCGGGCCGGCUAA